GAGCGCCGUUGGUGGGCGGGGAAUACGGAGGCCGGCGAGGGCUCCCGGGUGCGGUGGGUUGGCUGCGCAGCAGUAUGACCCAGUCGGUGGUCAUACAGGUCGGCCAGUGCGGAAAUCAGAUUGGCUGUUGCUUCUGGGACCUGGCGCUGAGAGAGCACGCCGCAGUCAACCAGAAAGCAAUUUAUGAUGAAGCAAUAAGCAGCUUCUUUAGAAAUGUGGAUACCCGAGUGGUUGGUGAUGGUGGCAGUAUUUCCAAGGGGAAAAUUUGUUCUUUAAAAGCACGAGCUGUCUUGAUUGACAUGGAAGAAGGGGUAGUAAAUGAAAUUCUUCAGGGACCGUUGAGAGAUGUAUUUGAUAGUAAGCAGCUGAUCACUGAUAUUUCUGGCUCAGGGAAUAAUUGGGCUGUGGGUCACAAAGUGUUUGGAAGUCUUUAUCAGGAACAGAUUUUAGAGAAACUCAGAAAGUCAGCAGAGCACUGUGAUUGUUUGCAGUGUUUUUUUAUAAUACAUUCCAUGGGAGGAGGAACAGGAUCUGGACUUGGCACAUUUCUUUUAAAGGUGCUGGAGGAUGAAUUCCCAGAAGUAUAUAGAUUCGUGACUUCAAUUUAUCCUUCUGGUGAGGAUGAUGUCAUAACCUCGCCUUAUAACAGCAUCUUGGCAAUGAAAGAACUUAAUGAGCAUGCAGACUGUGUGUUGCCCAUUGACAACCAAUCUUUAUUUGACAUCAUUAGCAAAAUUGACCUCAUGGUGAAUUCUGGAAAGUUGGGUACAGCUAUAAAGCCAAAGAGUCUGGUUACUUCAAGUGCUGGAGCUUUUAAAAAGCAGCAGGAGAAACCCUUUGAUGCAAUGAACAACAUUGUGGCAAAUUUGCUGCUCAACCUAACAAGCUCUGCGAGGUUCGAAGGAUCCCUUAAUAUGGACCUUAAUGAAAUUAGCAUGAAUUUAGUUCCUUUUCCUCAACUGCAUUAUCUUGUGUCAAGCCUAACACCACUGUAUACACUGGCAGAUGUUAACAUUCCUCCUCGAAGGUUGGAUCAGAUGUUUUCAGAUGCCUUUAGUAAAGAUCACCAGCUAAUUCGAGCUGACCCCAAACAUAGUCUCUACCUCGCCUGUGCCCUCAUGGUUAGAGGAAAUGUACAGAUUUCUGAUCUUCGCAGAAACAUUGAAAGAUUAAAACCUUCACUACGGUUUGUCUCCUGGAAUCAAGAAGGCUGGAAGACCAGCCUGUGUUCAGUACCUCCUGUGGGCCGUUCCCAUUCAUUAUUAGCUCUGGCAAACAACACGUGCGUGAAGCCUACCUUCAUAGAACUGAAAGAGAGAUUCACGAGGCUCUACAAGAAAAAGUUUUUAUUUAUAGGCUCAUCUUCAUCACUAUCUACAAAUUGAAGGGAUGGAGGAAAGCUGCUUCACGGAAGCCGUGUCAUCUUUAUCAGCACUCAUACAGGAAUAUAACCAACUGGAUGCCACAAAAAGCAUGCCUGCAGAAGAUUUACCUAGACUAAGCGUAGCUGUGUGAAAAAGAAACUCCAAAGA